CAAGACUUAUCAACUCUUAGGGCGGUACUUUAGGAUUUUCAUGUUUAUGACUCGUUUCUGUUGGUUCGUGAGUUUGGUAAUAUUUUCUCUUGUGAGAUGUCAGCCAUCCGUCAACGAAAAAGUACAACAGGCAGGAGAAGGCAUACAUUCAACUAUUCCUAAUUCUGAUUCUCAUCCUCCUAAUCUGCCUCAUGAAAAUCUGGAUGUGAGGUUUCCUGGUGAUGGAAACACCAACCAAAUAAACUCGCAACACAGUGAUGGCAUCCCAAGUCGGUCUACAGAUCCACUUUCCCAGCAGUACUUAUCAGCAGAUGGAGGGACAAAGCAAUAUGUGAAUGGAGUGCCCAACCAAAUGAACACUGGUCCUACUCUGCAGAAAAAUAACCAACCCGCUCACGGUGUGCCUAAUCCUUCUAACCAGAAAAUCCCUCAAGACACUGAGAGAAUGAAGACUGACAGUGCACAAAGUGGAUCAUUUACUCAUGAAAUACCUUCUGGAGGUAACAUUCCUGGUAGACAGGUUCCUCAACACUUUCCCAAUGGAGGUGGUCAACAGCCCCCUCCGAAUGCACAGUUCACACCACCAAGGCCUAACGUCUAUCCUGACAUGGUUCCUAAUCAGCGUCCAGACCCACGAGUCCACAAUACUCAGCCUCCUCCAAACUACUAUGAACAGUCUAAUUUCAAGGGAUUCGAACGUAACCAUGAACAAUUUGAUAGUCGUAAUUACCAUGAUGGCCGAGAUGGGAUGCUUAGGAAUCCAAAUGACAAUAUGGCCAGUAGAUCUGCUUGGCAACAUGCUGACCACCAACAGAACUACCAUGACAAUUUUAGGAAGCCACAAGCAAAUAUCCCACAUGAAUAUCAGCUGGAUGAUAUUUUUACCUUACCUUCACGUGAGGAUCCUUUGAAUAAUCGUGCUGACUUUGUUUCUCUGGUCGUUAUUGUGCCUCCUGGAGUGAAGCAUUGCUACUUUUACAAUCCUAUUUCUAACUUCGACAUUGAUUAUCAGGUUGUUAAAGGUGGUCAUUUAGAUGUUGGUAUAUUUGUUCGGGACCCAGAAGGAGAACCAAUCGCAGUGCGCCCUCCACUGUCGGAUUCACAAGUCUCAAUAUCUGUUCCGAAGUAUUUCCGUUUAAUGCCCUAUGCCGUUUGUCUGGACAACAGAAAGGCUAGUUAUGCCUAUAAAUAUGUUUACUUCUCUAUUGAUGUGAAUAUAAACUGGGAUAAUCCCAGUGAGUUGGAAAGACAGGCGAUAGAAGCAUUACGAAGUAAUGCCCUCGCUAAUUCACAGGCUCAAGCAGCAAGUGCUGAACAUGCAGAAAGUAUCGAAAAACUUAUGGCACAAUUGGAUAUCAUAUUUGGUCGUUUACGACGUAUUGAACAUAUGCAACAACGUUCGAUCAACUUUGAUUCAACAGAUAGUACAUUAAUGGAAGACAAUUUAGAGCGUAUAACAACUGGAUCGGUAUUUCAAGUUAUUCUUAUGAUUGCUGUAGCAACUCUCCAAGUUGGACUUAUUCGUGCUUUAUUUGAUCAACAGAGUUAUUUUUACAAAUUAUGGUUUGGUAUUAGAUCACAAAGUAUAAAUGCUCGUUGUUAAACUGCUUUAGUAUUUAUUUAUUAUCUAUAAAUGAUUCUAGUCUUUAAUAAUACAUAUAUAUACCUAUAUAUCUUGUAUCUUUAUUAUAUUUAACCCCUCCGGUAUACCUUUUUUCCAUCGACAACGAAUUUUGAUGAUGCAUUUCGACUCCCUUUUUUGUUUUUUUGUACAUUCAUGAAUACGUUACAUUUGGAAGUGUUUCGCGUUUUUGUUGUCAUCUUCAGUUAGCCGCUGUUGUAUACAAUCUGUACUGUCCAGUGUGGUUUUGCGUUUAUUAUAUUUUUCGACUGACAACUACUCAUUAUAUUGUUUAUUCUUUUUUUUCUUUUCGUUUAUUUUUUCUUUUGUAUGAAGGAACAGCUGCUUUAUAUAAUAAAAGAUAUUGUGUUCAAUUAUCUCUUUUUAUUUUGGUAGUUAACUUGUUCUAUUUCAAGUUAACAUUUAUCUCCCUUUGGUAUGUGCAUG